AUGUUGCCUCCGCCACGUCGAACCAAGAAAGAAGAUCCCAAAUCCGAUGAAGUCCCAGCGCCGACUGUCGCUCGAUCUCAAUCGAACUCCGUACCUCCUGCUCAGCAGGUAGCUCCACAAGACCCCCGGCGCUCGAACAAUUUGACCCUGGCGCCCCCAGAACCCCUUGGCCGUCCCGCCUACUCAGCUACCUCCUCCUACCAGACCCAAUCCCUCCGCCAAAUCACGCCGCACAUGACCGGCGAUUCCCUCGCCAACGCCAUUGUCGGCGCCGCGCUUGCCAGCUCCCGCAACCCCUCCCCCGCCAUACUCGACGCCCCUCCCCUCCCAGAGCGCCGCCACCAUCUCAGCCGCCAUCGCAAACCGCACCACCACCACCACCCAACCCUCCGCUCACACAGCCACAGCCCACCCAGAGCAAAACCAGGCACGCUCCGCCGCACGCUGCGCGAACCGGAGAGCAGCAGCAGCAGCGACGAGGACGAUAGAUACAAGAAACGCACGGGGUUCAUGCGGCGCAAACAUCCGAACAAGCACCAUGAAGGCGAUCGCAAGAGGUGGCGAGACAGGAUCACAGAGCGGGAGCGGAAAAGAUAUGAAGGCGUCUGGGCGGCGAACAGGGGACUGUACCUCUCGGAUCCGGCCGCGGAGGACGAAGUGCUGAAUAUCGUGGCUAGGGACGUUUGGUCCCGAAGCCGGCUUCCGGGGCAUGUGCUUGAGGAGGUGUGGGAUCUUGUUGAUGCGCGUGGGGUUGGUAGGCUGGGGAGGGAGGAGUUUGUGGUGGGGUUGUGGCUGAUUGAUCAGGUUCUGAAGGGGAGGAAAUUGCCGACGAGGGUCAGCGAGAGUGUUUGGCAGAGUGUGAAGUAUGCUGGCAUCAAGGUUAAGUUGAAGACGUAG